GGUCGUCUUCCUCCAAGUCCGCGGACCGCAAAGCUCUCUCGGCCGAGGGCGAAGCGGGAGGAGAGACUAUUGAAGGCGAGCCAGAGUUGAUCUCGAGCGAGAGCCAGCAGGAGGACGAUCAGGAAUCCCUGUCCGCGGAAGUACGCGGCACCACAGAAGCGGACGACACGCUGGAAGAACCCGGUACUAGAAACCGUUCCAGUGCAUCAAAGUUCAAGGCCAGUAAAAGUGGUUCCAUGCUGCUUGACAUAGACAUGGGCAACGAAGAGUCUUUAUCUCUUGUGAAAGUAAAGCGGGAGAGGAGCAAAGAGAAGUCGUCCGCUGAGGAUCUGGUGAAAGAAUCCCAACAACUCCGGCGCGGCUUGCCUGCGCGUUUGCUGCAGCGGUGGUCGAACCGCAGCUGGCUCAGAUUUCUUUUCAUCGACAGUACACCGAAGCCGGAAGUUUUGAGACAAAAAGCACUACUUGAUGCCAUCGCGGUGAGCUCAGGCACAGGGACAGCAGGCGACCGAGACGCCGCGCCGCAAUCCGACCAGCACUUUUCGACAGCCAAAAUUGAAGGCCUCUUCACCAUGCGCAGUGCUAGCCGCGAUGAGAAAUUGAUGCAGGCUUCCAAGCGCACGGUCGGCGAGAGAUUUCAGCGGGGGAUCCAGAUUUUCGUGCGCUUCGCACCCGAAAUCGAGUCGGACUACCAGGCAUUUCACUUUCGCACCUUGCGCAAGCACCACGCGGUGUUCAUCGUGCUCCUCUGGCUCGCCUACGGCGCAACCGUCACCGCCGCCGCGAUGCUGCACGACCUACCUUCGUCUAUCUCGCUGUUCUACAUCCUUGUUUUUGUCGCACUGUGCACCGGCUUCACGCUGUUUGUCGAAUGCGUUUUGCUUCCGCAGGAGGUUACCGGCGAGAGGUACGGCGACGUGGUUUUCUUUUUCGGCAGCUUUCUUUUCCUCUUCCACAUCGGGAUCAGCUACGAAGCGCUGCAGUACUGGUUCAGUGAAGACAGUUGGGACGUGCCGAUCGAACGCGCGACCGGCUCUAUUGGCGUUCAAGCCAUCGCGAUGAUCUGCCUGGCGUUCUACAUCCCCAUUUCGCCGCCGGUUUUCGGGCUGUUGGUUUUUUUCCUUUCGCCCUGCUACGUGUUGGUCAACGGCCUGGCAGCGGACUCGUACAAGAACCAAACAAAGAGCGAAGUGUGGUCUUCGGUUGUCUACCAGGCUGCGCAGCUCCUCUUCGUCGGGUUGACGUUACUCGGCGGGCUAACGUUAAAGGAUUUACACCAGCGGAGGCGCUUCGCAGAGCAGAGGGUCACGAAGGAGGUCGUGCAGCGGUUGCAGCGCUUAACGGCGGAAAAGAAACGGGGUGUUUUUGCGUCACGACAAGUGUCGAACUCAUUGGCGGAUGUGCGCGUCACGAGGAAGGUACCGCUCUGGACGGUUCCGCUAGAAGAAGUCGCGGGGCAGCUGAAGGACCUGCUAACCAUUUUGCAAGUUCUGCACCAGAAUCCCAUGUGGCAGCGCCUACUCAGCACAUGCUUGACCAGAUUGCGCGAAAUCAUAGAGAGCAUAAAUAGAGCGCAGGGAUCAUUGGUCCAGGUCGACUACAACAGCGCGGACCUUGUGCUAACACCACCGACGAUGCAGCCCUGGUGCCCGCCGUUCCUUGCCGAGGUUGCGCAGAACACUAGUACAACUCCCUCGCAAACAGCAAAUGAGAGAACGACAUCUACAGGCGUCGAUAACGCGAGCAACAGACUCACGAUUACAACUACAGAGAGCGCCACUGGUGCACCACUGACAGACUUGCCGCCGCGCCGAGUAGCCCGUCCUCUGCUUCUGUGCCGAUUGUUCGAUCCGGAUCCGGUUUCGCGCAUUCCGAGUGAAUUUCUGUACGCCACGGAGUCGUCACUAUUGCGAAAACGUUUCGCAGAGGCCGAGAGGCUUUUGGCGCUUCACAAGCCCCCAGGUGACUCUGGGUCCGGAUCUACCUCCCCAAUCGCGCAGUGGUGGGCGGCAUCGCCGUCGCAGCAGGGUGCACGCUCCAGUUCUUCGCUAUCGCCACUGCAUCGGGGCGACAGGUGGCAGAAGGACGGCGCUGCAUUUCUGGCCAGGUAUGUUUUGAUGGCGCUUCUAGAACCGCCAGCGCCGGGGAACUACUUGUCGCAGGCGACACUGGAGCCGCCUGACCAGGUCACAACUUCGUUCGGAGCACGGCUGGUGACCGCAUGUCUAGACCGAGCGGAGUGGGUGCCGGUGGAAUUUUUGCACAUCCUCAGUACCGGGAGGCCCUCUGGUACUGAUGCGUCGGAAAAAGCGCCGGAUCAGCCUCCGUUACCAUCCACGCCUGCUAGCAGGGGAACUUCCGGCCAGGACAACGCGUCACCGAGCUCUUUCCAGGUUCGCAGCGCUGUCUGCAGCACCCUCUGCUUGUUGUACGAAGCGGAUCUCUGGGCUAGGCUUUCCGACCUGUUCCGCAUGGCAGUUUUACUUGCAGUCGCGAUAGAAAACGGCAGCGCGUCAGUGUCUUCUACCGACAGCGGCAGUCCAUUCGCUUCCACUUUCGCGUUGAUUCAAGGUAGUACCUUCAUGCAGGAAAAAGGCACGCACCCGACCGCUCCACCAUCACCACACAGAGGAAGCGCCGCUCAGGCCCAGCUGCAGGUACCUGCGCCAGCCCCCUCCCCUGCUGCGUCGUCCUCCAGUUUUUCGAAAAACUUUCUCAGUCCGGGUGAUGCCUGGAGUAUGUGCUUGCUCGUGGACGACCUUCGUCAGGACGCGCUUGCAUCCCGGAAAUCCUUUUUUUCAGAUCACGUCAACGUCGACUCCUCCACGGAGUAUUCAUUCGUGGUUCACGUGAAGCACGUGUUGCGAGUUUCUCGCUACUCCUGGGUGUUCCACCAACGAUUUCUGGCGCACGAGGCAAAGGCGAGGGAUUUUUUUCUCGAGCACUACGACAGCCUGGCGAUUCGCGGGAUGCUGGACUCCAGCUCUGCGAUAGUUGCUGACGCCUAUCACCGGUCGUCAACUUCGGUAGCGUCGGUCGCCAGUGGUCUGAUGUCGAAUCUGCAGGGAAGCACGCCCGGCGUUUUCUCUUCCGAGUCUGCCGCUGUGAUCCCACGGGCGGUGAUGGAAACCGGACUCCGUGCCAUCACGCCACCCCACCUCGGCGGCAUACUGUCGCAGCAGGAUGGUAGCAAUUAUCAGGCAUCGACGAGGAGUGAAUCGAAUUCGAAAGAAAUGGUCGCCGCUGGUGGUACAAAGAGUAGCAGUCCUUCAUCCUCGAAAAACGCGUCUCCAACUUCCGCUUCGGCAUCGAAAGGUAGACCUGUCCCCGACCCUCUUGAACUCCACGAGGGCACUGGACCCGUCGGACCAAAAACGAUUGAAGGGUUUGAGAGUUUGCGUGCAUGCUGGGCACUGUACGCCGCAGAAAUGUCCGCUUUGAUGGAGCAUAUUGUCUUACCAGCCGUACGCUCUGUCUUUGCUACGUGCUCCGUGCAAAUGCGCGAAGAGUCCGCUAUUUACAUCGCUGCCAGAGCAAAUUUUGGUCAUUGGCAGGAUCUCGUUUCUCGCCAUACAGAAGCACUGCACCAGACAUUUUUUGAUCCAUCCAUGUCAAUGUUGCAAGCCAAGGGUGUUGCCCCCGCGUCACCAAAUGCUAAAUCAUUGCUCGCAACAUCAACAUGACGAUAAU